AUGAGCUUCGUCCCCGUCAACCCUCGGCCGAUGCUGCAGGGCCUCGUCGACAAGGAUAUCGUCGUGCGCCUCAAGUGGGGGGAGACCGAGUACAAGGGAAAGCUCGUCUCCCUCGACAGCUACCUCAACCUGCAGCUCUCGGGGACGGUCGAGUACAUUGAGGGCAAGGCUACCGGUGACCUGGGACAGGUUCUCAUCAGGUGUAACAAUGUUCUCUGGAUACGCGGCGCAGACCAGAACGAGGAAGCCGAUACCAAUAUGGAAGAUUAA